AUGAAUAUGUCAAUCUCUGAGUAUUAUAAUAAGUUUAUGACCCUUUCUAGGUUCGCUCUCAAGGUUGUACAACCUGAAGAACUGAAGCCUCAGAGGUUUGAGCAUGGAUUAACUGACGAGUUACAGAAAGACCUAGCCGGAAAAGUUUUUAAAACCCUUUACUUUUAUGAGAGAGCUGCACACCUGUACCAUCUGAAUACUAGGAGUGCUAGUGCGAGUGCUAAGGUUGGGGAGAAAAGGAAGGACUUUGGAAAAUCUAAGAACCAGAGUAACUUUAAGAGGCCUAGGAAUGGGAACUCAAUUGAUAGGGGUAACCAAAAUGUUAGCAGUUCUUCUAAUGCUAACAAUGGAGAGAGGACCUACCACAGUAAGAGGUGUAGGAGAAACCACCCCGGGAGAGACUGUGAUGGGAAUUUGGUGACUUGUCGGUUCUGCAACAAAAGGGGGCACAGGAAAUAUGAGUGUUACACUAAGCAGAAACAACAGGGAAAUGGUGGGAAUGGUGGGAACACCCAGCAUAGGCCGAACAACUUCAACAACCAGGGUAAUAAGGGAAAUGGUCAGAAUAGGAAGUUUGAGAAUGGUAGCAACAACAACAACAGGUCUGGCAACAACAACAACAACAACUCAGGAAACAACAACAAUGGUUACCAGGCCAGAAACAACACUCCCGGGCUCUUGUCUGUGAUGAGCAAGGGAGAAGCUGAGAGGUUCCCAGAUGUAGUUACUGGUACUUUUUCUAUUUAUUCUUUCUCUGUCAACACUCUGUUUGACUCUGGAGCAGCUUACUCUUUCAUUUCUAAUUCUGUUGUGCGCAAGUUAAACUUAACUGAAUCGAGUCAUGUUGAUGUAUCAGUCAGUCUGCCUACGGGCAAACUUGUUCAUUGUAAUAAUAUAUUCAAAGGCUUGCCUUUGAAAAUAGGAGAAUCUAUCUUUCCAUCAGAUCUUAUUGAGUUUAACCUAGGGGACUUAGAUGUAAUUCUAGGGAUGGAUUGGCUGAGUUUAUACAAGGCCAAGAUAGACUGUGAGAUGCAGAGGGUGCAACUGAGUGAUCCUUUGGGUAAGGCAGUGUCUUAUAGACGUUUAGGGAAGCCUAAGGGUUUUGGGAUUAUCUCUGCUUUGAAGGUCAAGAAGCUAGUGGAUAAGGGAUGUCCAUUGUACUUUUGCUGUGUUUAA